AUGGUUUUCGAGGAGAAAAUGAUCUUGAACGGGGAACCCGAAGAUGUAAGACAUGAAUAAGCUAUUUUCCAUUCAAUACGUGGUUAAAUAAUGAACGGAACCGUGUGUUUAAGCCUAGCUAGCAUGAAGAGACAAAGUGUCUAGCCAGCCGGUACGUCAGCUAGCUAGUCAGCUAACUUUAGUUAGCAUAGUUAGCCAAUAAUCUGCUCGGUUGUUUUCGAGCAACCAGUGGUAAUAAAUAGCAUGCGAGUUAGCUAACUAGCUUGGCUAACAACAGCCUUAGCAAGUAGUCCAGUGUGUUAUAUCGGUGUCAUGUUUCGAGUGCUUUAAUAUGUUUUUUUCUUUCAGGAAGAGGAGGAAGAAGAGGAGGAGGAAGAUAUGGUGGUAUGUAUCGAUUUGGUAUGAUGCAGCAUAAUCUGCCCACCUUACAUUGGUUCUAAAACCCAAAGAAUAUGUUGUCAAAUAGCUAACUAGUUAGUUGUCAUGCAACUGGGGGGGAAUAAAUAGCCAGUCUCAUAUCUGUUUGUGCUAUAGACAAGUCCGAUGUAUGGUCAUUUGUAAUGCCAGACAUGUUGGUUAUAGAACAAACAGAUUUCAGACCAGGUUAGGGAAUAGAUUACUUAUGUUCUCAGUAGCCCUGGUCCUUCUGUUCCAGGACCCCCUUGACACAGUGCGGAACAAGUGUGCACAGGCAGAACACUGCAUCCACACCCGGGCAAAACUGGAGGACUGCGAAUCCAGGGUUGGCUCCAAGUCUGAGACCGCAGAGGACUGCACUGAAGAGCUUUUCGACUUUCUCCACGCCCGGGACCACUGUGUACGUGAGAUCUACCCAGACACUAUCACCAGCAGUUAA